AUUUUCAAUAAAACAUCAGAUUCUUCCACUGCUAAGUCUCUUUAUGGUAUCAGAGCCAAGACCUCUGGCACGUUGAAAUCUCGAUCAACUAAUGGCUGACAAUGGAGAUAAGUCUAAUAAUAAAGGGAAACGUGUGCUUUCCCUUUAUGAUCUCAAUUCCAAUGAUAAUCCAGAAAACAUCAUCACUCAAGUUCAAUUGCGAGGCGAGAAUUACGAGGAAUGGGCUCGUGCCAUGCGAACCUCCUUGCGUGCUAGAAGAAAGUGGAGUUUCGUUGAAGGCACGGUUGAACGGCCAAAAGAAGGGACAACAGAACUUGAGGAUUGGUGGACAAUCCAAUCUAUGUUGAUUUCAUGGAUUCUCAAUACCAUAGAGCCAAGCCUGCGAUCUACGAUUUCAUACGCGGAGAAUGUGAAGGACCUGUGGAAUGAUAUCAAGGAAAGAUUCUGAUUGCUAAUGGUCCGAGGAUACAUCAACUCAAGUCAGAAUUGGCAGGUUGCAAGCAAGGAGGCAUGAACAUAGUUGCAUACUACGGAAAGUUGAAAAUCUUGUGGGAUGAAUUGGCUAACUAUGAGCAAAUACCAGUAUGCACAUGUACUGGUUGCACUUGUGAUAUACCCACUAAGCUGGAAAAGCGGAGAGAAGAAGGAAAAGUGCAUCAAUUCCUUAUGGGCCUGGAUGAUGCCAUAUAUGGAACCGUGCGCUCAAGUUUGCUCACAAGCGAUCCUUUGCCCUCCUUGAAUCGGGUAUACUCGAUUAUAAUUCAAGAAGAACGUGUCAGAACAAUAACUAGAUCACAGGAGGAAAGGGGUGAGAUUGUGGGACUUGUGGCACAUGCUAAAGGAAGAAAUCGCGGGGAGACCAAAGAAAAAUCUCAGAUUUGCAGAAAUUGCGGCAGAACAGGACAUGAUGUCAAUGCUUGCUUCCAAUUGAUCGGAUACCCCGAGUGGUGGGGGGAUAGGCCAAAAAGCGACGGGAAAGCUAGUGGGAAGAGUAAGAUGGUGCAGCGAGGAAGAGAAAUAGGUGUGAAAGCCAAUGUUGCACAAACAAGUACAAACGGUGGUUCAACUAGACUUGUAACAGAUGCAGACAAGGCUGGUCUCACUGGAUUGACUUCUGAUCAAUGGCAAAAGUUGAUGGACAUACUGAACAAGGUGGACCCUAAUGAAAAGAUGACAGGACCGAACUUCGAGGAUGCUGAUUGGUGCGGGUAAACGUAAAGAUGGGCUUUACUAUUUCUGUGGAGUUGAAAGAAUACAAACUCACAUGGUGGACGGAAUGAAUCAAGUGGA